AUGCACCACAGCAUCUCCCUCACUACCAACUUUGUGAAGAGUUUCUUUCCGGGCAAUGGUCUGACGAAUCAAAACAAUACGCAACAACAACAACAACCACCAUCAACACAAGCAACCCAUGCACCAUUGGAAGAACAAAAUUUGCCUACUUCAUCAGCAACCGCAAAUCAUUAUCAGCAAGAACAACAACAACAAGCUAUUGAUUUUGAGCCAUCCGUGCCAUCAUCUUCUCCUUCUUCACUAGAGUCUAAUAUUUCGGAGAAAGUUGAAACCACUCAAGUAUCAUCACCUGCUAAUUCACGAAGUGUUGAACAAACUCCAGCAGCUGUAGAGAGCGUGAAGCCUAUUUCUGCCGAAGAAUUUAGAUUGGUCAAGUUUAAAUAUGAUCAAUUGAAGAAUCAACAAAAUAGACUUUUGGAACAUUUACAAGAUGCCAGAGUUGAACACUUACAAGAAGAAAUAGCAAAACUUGACAAAUUAAUCCCACAUCAUCGUACCAUUCAGUCCUAUGGUUGCACUGCAGAAAAAUCCGCUUUGGUUCAAUGCCUCAAGAAUAAUGGCAAUGUGUCAUAUGGAACUCUUAAUUGCAGCAAUUUAUUGAACGAAUUCUCCAAAUGUGCCCAAGAGAAACGCAGAUCGUUUUUGGGAAAUCAAGAUCUCUAA